AUGCUCGUUCCAUUCCGGACUCCGUUCAAUAAUCCCGGCUUCACGCAGCUGUGCCUUUUGUUGUUCAACAGAGGUUGGGUUUGGAUAGAGGAGAUGCUCAUCGUUCUCCGUAAACAUGCUCAAAGUUCCAGAAGGAUUGAACGCAUCGUUUAUAAUGCUUGUAAGAAACUCUUUGGUGACACCACCACCAUCGAUGCCAGCUUCCACAGUGUCAAACUGGUCAAUAAACGUAAUCUGGAUAGGCUCCUUGAAUGCCUCCCCGAGUGGGUAAAAUUGCUCAAAGGCAUCUUCAAAAAGGUUUUCCCUCCGUAUGUCCGCAUGGUGUUUACUUAG